CGUCGCCUCUCUGUAUGAUCAUGAGACAAGCACCAAGAGCCAGCGACCUCCACGCUGCAUUGUGCUAGAGGAGGAGCGGGGUGUAGCAGUUUUGUCGUCCAGAGCGUCACACACCCUCUGCUCUGACAUGUCCCUGACAACCUGUCAGCUUCAAAUGCGACGGAAGUAGUAGUGUCUGUGACGGCAGCUAACGGUAGCUAGGCUGCUAUGUUAACUCACUGGGACCGGGUCUACUAACUGCAGCAAGUAAACGUCCCGUCUCUGCCUGUAGUUAUAAAGGGACAAUCCAAAGUUUUCCCCCAAACAGAAAGCCCAUUUCCCUCGGCGUGGACUGCCUCCACCCACCGCCGCCUCGGACGCUAGCGCGGCUCUCUUGUCCUUUUACCUCUCCAGAUGAGUUCACUCAGGUGAGCAUCAUUCUCCUCAUACCCCACACAGCGAGCAGCCCCACUGUGGAUCCCUAGGUCCAGAGCACAUCAGCGGAAACGGUGGCAAAGGCAGACGCAUUGUGAGGCAUCGGUGGCAACGCAAGCAGCCAGCCAGGCUACAUGAGCACCACGGGGCAGCAGCAGCAGGGGGUCCUGCGUUCACGCCGAGGCCUGGGCAAGGACAAGGAUCCUGGACAGGGCAUAGGCAUGGAGGCGACCUGCUGGCUGGCCCCAGGAGCGCUGCGCAGGCUCAUUGAGCUGCCCUCCCCCCCUCUGUCCAGACACCAGCUAAAGAGACUGGAAGAACACAGGUACAGCAGCGCAGGUCGCUCCCUGCUGGAGCCACUGAUGCAGCGCUACUGGGAAUGGCUGGUGGGGCGAGUGCCAUCCUGGAUCGCCCCCAACCUCAUCACCAUUGUUGGGCUGGCCACCAAUGUCUUCACUACUCUAGUGCUCGUCUACUACUGCCCUACUGCCACUGAGCAGGCUCCCCUGUGGGCAUACCUGUUAUGUGCUGUUGGUCUGUUUGUCUACCAGUCAUUGGAUGCCAUCGAUGGGAAGCAAGCGAGACGUACUAAUAGCAGUUCUCCACUGGGAGAGCUGUUUGACCAUGGUUGUGACUCUCUCUCUACAGUGUUUGUAGUGCUGGGCACCAGUAUAGCAGUGCAGCUGGGCACCAACCCUGACUGGAUGUUCUUCUGCUGCUUUGCUGGCAUGUUUAUGUUCUACUGUGCCCACUGGCAGACCUAUGUAUCGGGCACCCUGCGCUUUGGCAUCAUUGAUGUGACUGAAGUGCAAAUCUUCAUAAUAAUUAUGUAUUUGCUGGCCGCCGUGGGAGGAUCCGCUUUUUGGCAGUCACUGAUUCCCAUCAUAAAUAUCCAGAUGAAAAUAGUUCCUGCCAUCUGCACUUUUGCAGGAGCCAUCUUCUCUUGUACGAAUUACUUCAGAGUUAUUUUUACUGGAGGUGUGGGCAAAAAUGGAUCCACAAUAGCAGGAACCAGUGUCCUUUCUCCAGUAUUACAUAUUGGCUCAGUUAUAGUGUUGGCUAUGAUGAUAUACAAGAAAUCUGCUGUCCAGCUCUUUGAGAAACACCCCUGUCUUUAUAUCCUGGCCUUUGGCUUUGUGUCAGCCAAAAUCACCAAUAAAUUAGUCGUAGCACAUAUGACAAAAAGUGAGAUGCAUCUCCAUGAUUUAGCAUUCCUGGGACCAGGGCUACUGUUUCUGAAUCAGUAUUUCAACAGUUUUAUUGAUGAGUACCUGGUUCUGUGGAUUGCACUGGUAAUUUCAUUUUUUGACUUGGUGCGUUACUGUGUCAGUGUUUGCAACCAGAUUGCCUGCCAUCUUCACAUUUUUGUUUUCAAAAUCAAGCCUUCAACUCCCUCCACUCUUCAGUGAGGAUCCACAUGCCAUCACUGUGUCCCUUCUUGUUAGUUGCUGUCAUCAAGAUGUUCUUUCGUUCCCUUCAUUUUUCUAAGCAGAGGAAAUUGUAGUCUAAAAUGCAGGCUUCUGCCAAGUGAAUGUGAGGACAAAAUAUGUAUAUUGAGAUAACAGAGUAUUAUUGUCAUUAUUAAAUUUUCUCUGCAGAAUGGAGUGUGUACCAGUUUCAUCUUCUGUCCCACUGGGGUAGGAAAGUGGGUAUGUCAUCACUAUUUAGCUCAUAGCUCCAGAAGUAAGUGUCUAAUGAAAAUAUGCUGGGAUUCAAACAAAAUCUACUACAUCUUGAGAUUAGUUAAGUUUCAAGACUGGAAUCACUCCUGGAUUAGCCUAUUUGAUGUGAGGAUAAAUUUGUAUUCAUUAAAUGUUUGAAUAAUUUAUGGAAUCUAAACUAUUUUAAAGAUUGCAGUCUUGUUGUCCAUUUCCAUGAACUAUAUAUUCAGUCACCUUGAGAGUCACUUGGACUAAUCCAAUACCAUGUGGGCUACUUGUAGUGACAGAGAUGACCAGGAGGUCUGAUCUUGAAUUAAGUUCGUGCACAGCCUAAUCUGUAAGGAUUAUUGCCCUCCUGAAAACUCCUCAUCUUCCUUGUAAAAACAGGGCAAGUUACCUCAGGAUCUGUUUACAAGGGGAAUUGUUGCUUGACAGCACACAGUUAUCAGAGCAGGAGUCUGAAUUGAUAUUUUGCCUUAAAUUGAAAUCUAAUUAAAUUAAAUUUUCUGUCUUUGAAUCUCAAUACUUAGAAAAUCGCAAUAAUUACAGAAUGUAUCGAAUCAGCACCUGGGGAGUCCCAGUUCCCAUUCCUUCUAAUUAGAUUGUGCUUGCUCUAUCAUAGCAAUGACAAAAUGUUAAGGUCAAAAUAAUCCUUUAUGACAGAUCAGAAAAAUAGUUUUUGCAAAAUGCCUAAUUAAAAACAGAACAUCCAGGAGUGAUCUCUAGAAACUGCUUCCAAGUGCAUUUGAAACCAAACGACAGUAUGACUGGGGAUGUUGACAUACACACUGGCCUCCUCUGAAAUGUUCCUCUGACCUACAAAUGGCUGAGUCAGUGUUGCUCAGUGUGAGGGAAUCGUGAAAAGACUGCAGUGGGGUUGAAGACAACAUAGGCGCUAGUUGGUAUGUUGAAGGAGAAAAGCGUUGAUUCAAACAUAAACUUUAACCUGUUCUAGCAAUUUUUGUCCAGGCAAAUGUACAGGAAUUGACUGAAAUUCUCAGUCUUUGCUUUCUAUAAUUAUAUAUAUAUUUUUUGCAAAAUUUGCAUAACAUUACUUUUUGCUAAAAAAAUAUCAAAGGGGUUUAACACUUAAGGUGUUUGUGCUUUUCAUUAAGUUAAAAAAAUGCAUUGAGACAUUGAUUCAUUAACUGUAUAAAGACAUUGUAAUUAAGAUGGCAAUUAGGGCAAGAUUCAGCAUUGUGGACAGUCCUUGAGUGUUAAUUACACUUUUUAAAAAGACGAGUAUUUAUUUGAAAUGGCUAAUGCACAUACUGCCUCCAAGGCCACUAACAUGAUCCAAUAUUGUUACCACAAAUGCAGAAUGGGUAUUAACUUGUUGGAUAUGGUCUGUUUAAUCUUGUUUCUUGUGAAAAACUUGUCAUGAUAUCCUACAUUAACGUCAUUAAUGUGCACAGCCUCUUUUUUUGUCUCUCUGCUCUUGCAUAUUGCACUUGUUUUAUUUUUUUUUCCAGUGCAGUUCCCCCUGCCCCAGAUACUGUAUCAAGCCUAUAGCAUUUGUUUAAAAUGUCCAAGAAGAUCUAAAAUGCCAAGUGUUGAUGACUGUAUUGGGAUAGUUGUGACUUUUAUCAUGCAUAACUGUUACAAAACUUGUCAUUUGCCUUAUUCACCUUGAUGCCAUGUUUGGUUAACUGAUAUCAUGGGGGAGUUAGAUGUGGAAGUGCCAUAGACUCCAGUGUCCUCUAUAAAACUUUAUAAAAAUACUAUUUCAAGACUACUGAAAUGAAAUGUCACAGAGAUCAAGUUAACAUAAUUUCAAAGCCCUCAUUAAAAGACUUCAAAUGUGUGUAACUUGCAGUUUUCAGGAUAGAAAAUGAAUGGAGGUAAAUGGCUGCUGUGUUCAUUGUUUUUCAUUCAUCCUAAAGCAAUAAAAACACCAGUAAUAAAAAGUCACUCAGCCAUGGGAAAUGUUAUAUUGUUGCUACUGAGCUGAUUUCCAGCUGUGACUGUGAUUAAUCCUACUCUUGAAUUUUUUACAGCUGAGUUUUAACAUUUGUCUAAGACACUUCCACGUCUAAUCCCUCUCAUGAUGUCAGUUAAGCAAACAUGAGGGCGAGGUGAAUACAGUGAACUGGAGGCUGCUGUGGUGUGUGUUCUACGAAAGAAGACUGUUGCUACACGAUUCGUAGAAACAAAGCCUUCCAAGAACGAUCACUUAGUGUUGAAGUCGCUCUUUGUUACUCAAGGUCACAUUUCUCUUUUGCUUUUAUUUUUUUUUAUUUUUAUUUGAAAGAUUACAUGUCUGUAAGUUAUGGCAUUAUGCAUUAAAGAACAGUGUUGACUGUCAGUCUGCAAACACUCAUUUCAAGAUUGUCAAGGACAAAACAGCUUAAAAAGUUCUUUGUCUACUUUUUUCUGCACAGUUCAUCCUUAGAGUAAUGCAACUUCAUGGUGCACCUGUUGGGGCAAAAUAGGAAGUGAGCCACUGCUAAACAGAAAAUAGCUUGACUGUGCCCUCAUUUGCAAGUGUACAAUAGCACUGUACAGUUUGUACUAUAGCUCGAGUUCCUUUGUAUAACUCACUACCUGGAAUCCAUAGGUGAACAACUUUUCAUAAUGACUUUUGUGAAAUCUAGCUUCAACAUUGAGAGCUCUACAUCCCUCUGUGCACAUAGUUAGUGUUAUCAGGUUAACUCUUCAAUUGUUACCAGUCAUUCUCAGACUAGUAAAAGGUUGCCUUAAACAAGUUAUUGUUCUUCUGUUGUUUUGUAUUAAGAUCAAGCCUUUGAAAUGGGCACGUUGUCUCUUUUUGUGUCUUAUUUGGCAAAGGCUUGUUUUUAUCCUUGGUUUAUUAUUUUGGCCAGACUGCCAAGCUCAGGUAUAUUACCAGUGUGCAUAAUGGUGUGUGUUCCUUGAUUACUACAUCAAACAAACUAGAUCACUUGACAAUCUCUCCUUUACCUACCAAUGCAAAUAAAUGUCAUACUCCACCUGUAAC